AAAAUACUAUACUUAGUUACCUGGCGUUUAGUCCGAUGUAAGACAUGAAGAAAUACAUAGAGCAAUGGAGAGUAGAUUCUGUGUGUUGAACGACACCGAAGACCUCCAAACGCGAAUUUCAAACACUGAGAACAAUCUCUACUUCGAGAGGUCUAAGACGUUGUUUGAGGAAAUCCGUGCGUCCAUCAACAACAAUGACGAAGAGGACCGCUCCUUCUGGAGGCCUGUGCUCCCUUGGGGUGGCGUCUUUACUAUUAAGGCAGGACGGAAGGCCAUAUCAUGCACUCCUCUGUACGUCAAAAUCAACCUAAAAAACACCUGCACCAUCGAUGGCUUUCUCAUGAUCCUUUAUGUGAUCCUGCGGGACAACCAGCGCUUUCCCAGGGAGCUGGCUGUCUUCCUUGGCAAGCAGUUUGUGGAGUAUUUCCUCUACCUGAUGGACUCAUGUGACUACACCACAGUGAAGAUGCUGUGGAUCUGGGACAGGAUGUCUAAAAGACAGUACCGCUCAGAGAUCCACCAGGCAGCGCUGGAGAUAGACCUGUUUGGCAAUGAGCACGAGAACUUCACAGAGAACCUGGAGAACCUCAUGUCCACCAUGCAGGAGAGCCUGUGCACCAACUGGAGCUGUCCAGCCCGCUUCCAGGAAUUUCUCAAGACUACAAUCAACAUCAGCCCUCCUCAUGAGCUGCCUCACAGAGACCCCAUUCAGUCGGCCGUGGACGCGUUUUUCUGCCCCAAGCUCCUACUCUGCUCAGAACUGGGGUGUGACGGCCUGAGGGAGUUCUCUCAGAGGGUUUUCUGCCACGGACCCCCACCCUUUGUCAUCCUCAACAUGCAGCAGUGGAAGUCGGAGGAGCUGUCCUAUGUUCCUUAUCACCUCGCUCUCUGUCAGCACAGGUACUUACUAGAGGGCGCCACACUCUUCAACAAGGAGGAGCAUCACUAUUCUGCAGCCUUCCAGAUAGACGGCUGCUGGAUGCACUAUGAUGGUUUGAGAAGUGACAAUCUGAUCCUGUUACACAAGCCACCGGAGCUCCUGCUGCUGUCCUCUCUGGUCUACAUCCGUGCCUCGGACAAAUGAACGCAUCUCAAGUGGACAAAAACAGACGAUGAGCAGGAGUUGCACCGAAGCACAGGAGUGGAGGCUUGUGAUUAUUUGCCUGUGAUUAUUUCGUCAGGACCUUGCGGAUGGCAUUACGUUACUGAAAUCAUGUUACUCUGCUCAUAUAGAGUUUUUAAUUAAUUCCUGGCAGCAUUUGCUUCAUCUGUUAGCUGUAAGCAUGCUCCGUUUCACCUGAACGCUUACUGUGCGUGAAAUGAAAAUGACUUCUUUUUGGGGGCAUGCUUGGAAUCCAAGAAUAUAAUGGACUACAAUAGUUCUGGCUUGAUAUGCAUAGAUGACCAUGUCAAUGAAUAAUGCACAUAGUGCGCGUUAUAGUACGCCACUCAGAUUUUAAAAAGGUCAUGGUUGUUAAAUAGAUUACACUGUGGGGCUGCAUUUUCCCUUAAAGGGGAAUUGCACAGGAGAUGAGAUUGGCUGUAUACAUUUCCAUCAAAACUGGGGCAUACCAGUUUUGUUAGUGUCUAUUUAACUUUACAUUUAUGCAUAUCAACGCUUUCCUGAACAUGAAUUGGUGCUUUUUUCUAUGUAGACUGUGGUCUGAGGAUCAGAAACAACCAAACAAGGUCAAGGUCCAUGUCAGGUUAACUCCUUGUUUUUUCUUACAAUCUUUAAAUAAGUGAAUGUUAAAACACAAAGUUCUUAAAUCAUAUCAAUGUUAUAUAUAUUACUUAUUUGGCUUCCAGACCACUAAGCUGGCAGCACAUCCAUACUGAUAAAACUGAAUUCAAGCAUUUUAACACUAGCUCAGCAUACACUGCAGUCUCCCAACACAGGAAAUAUGUACAUUUAUGUGUUAUUUUGUAAUAGUUUUUAACCUCAAGAGAAUAACUAGUAUCACGCAGUGCCUCUGCUAAGGGAAGUUUGUGAAAGUGAAUCCUGUUGAACAUAAAUCCUCAAUCAUGGUUAGUGUUCGAUGACUGUUUUUCUAUACAGACACUGUCUUUAAAAUGCAAAUACAAAUAUUUUGGCGUA